GCAAAUUUUUUAUCUCACAUGGUCGUACUCAUGAACGUCACAGCAACGUAAUUUUGAGAUUAAGAAAGGUUGUUUAUCCUCGGUGUCGGUUUUUUAAUAUUAAUAACUGCAGUGAACAGUAAAGAUGGCUGGAAUUAUUCGUGGAUUGUUGUGUAAGACAUUUCAAACUGCAAGAUGUUCAACCCUGACAGGAUGUAUGAAUAAUAUCAAAAGCUUUCACACUGGAAGUUGUCGUCUAGCGGCAUCAGUCCAACAUCCUGCUCCUGACUUCAAGGGAACAGCUGUAGUGGACAACCAGUUUAAAGAAAUCAAACUCUCAGACUAUAAAGGAAAAUAUGUGGUGCUUCUAUUCUACCCACUAGACUUCACAUUUGUGUGUCCUACUGAGAUUAUAGCCUUCAGUGAGAGAGCAGGUGAAUUUAAAGGGUUAAACACUGAAGUUAUAGCCGUCUCAACGGACUCACACUUUAGUCAUUUAGCUUGGAUCAAUACAUCAAGGAAGCAAGGAGGACUUGGGCAGAUGAAUAUUCCUUUAUUGUCAGAUUUCAACAAGACCAUAGCAAGAGAUUAUGGAGUUUUAAUCGAAGAUGCAGGAGUUGCUUUGAGAGGACUUUUUGUGAUCGAUCCUAAAGGAGUCAUCAAGCAAGUUACCAUUAAUGAUCUGCCUGUGGGGAGGUGUGUAAAGGAAACUUUAAGGCUCAUCAAGGCUUUCCAGUUUGUAGAAAAACAUGGAGAAGUAUGUCCAGCAGGAUGGCAGCCUGAUUCUCCAUCGAUCAAGCCUGAUCCUAAAGGCUCUCUAGAAUAUUUCCAGAAAGUUAAUUGAUGUAGUAGAAGAGCAAGGAAUGUUGCCCAUUUAAAAAAAAGAUGGUUUCUUUGACAAUAAAUGUUUCAUGUUCUUUAUUAUUAUUAGCCAUUUGAACAGUUUAUUGUUUGUAAGUGGAUGUUACUUCAAUAAACAAUGCAAGAUUGUAGUAUAUAUAAAUA